GGCUGUAGCAAACAGCCGUUCGAUACUGUUGUACUUAGUGUUGUGUACAAACACGUUUAGUGUUUUAGUUUAAUUCAACGUGUUAAGCCUAAAAUAAGCUUUGACAAAAUGAAAUUCACGGUCAUAUUCAUUACAAUUCUGAGUAUAUCAAGAACAUGGGCUAUAAAGACUAAAAUAGUAGACCCCAAGGAUAAAAGGGAAGCUGGAGCGAGCUAUCCAUCAUCAGGUCAUUCAAGCCAUAGCUUUCAGGCACCCGCACUUGGACACGGAGAUGCAAGCGCUAUCAGCAUUGGAGCUGGUUACAGCAUCGGAGGUGCUAAACCCAGCUAUAACUACAUUCCUCAAGAAUCUGGUGCAGCUUACCAGUCUGAGGGGCUUCCAGCAAGCGGACAUGCUUCGAUACAACUUCAACCAUAUCAACUGCAACAAUCCCAUGGUGGCCUUGUAUCAAACGAUCUUUCCCAAUUGAUGAGCCAGAUUUCUGAAGGCCUUAAUUCUGGUGCCCUUACUCUACAGUCUCCUGGCGAAGGUGGAGUGUACCAAUUUGAGGGCCAGAAUGGUUAUGGAAAUCAAGAAUAUGCAAUUCCACAAUCAGCUUAUGGUUCCCCGAAGUUACAAGAGUACGCUAUAAGCGAUCAAGGUCAAGGAUUUCCUGCAGCUUAUACUAAAGGUCAAUAUUCCUUUGGUGAACAAGGACAAGGGCAAUCCCCAGCCUAUGCUGUAGGAACUAAGGGCCUCAGCUCAUACGCCACAGGUCCAGUCUUAUUUGCUCCAUCUAGCUCUCAACCCAGUCAACCCGCUCUGAACUACGGUUCUCCAAACUCAGGGCAUGCUGUCAGUGAAGGAGUAUCGUACUCGUUAGGAGAUUCUGGACACGCUUUGCCAAGUUACACUUUGGGUAAUUCUGGUCAUUCAUUUGGUGGUUCACUGAAACAAUAUAGUGGACAGUACGCUGCUCCUGGUAAAUCAUCGUUUAAACCCUCUGCAUACCUUGGAUCUACAGUUCAAAAUGAAGGCCAUGGAUUAUCUGGAUUUUCAGGUCAAUAUGCUGCACCAUCUUUCGGAAGCUAUCAGUCAGGAGGAUUCUCUUUAGGUCCUGCUGGUCACGGUGCCUCUUUUGGAAACGCAUUCCCAGGGUUUAGCGGGGUUUCAACCAAGCAUAUCUCACCUUCAUAUUUGCCAGCAAAAUCAGAAGGCGUCGGCUCCUUAGAGUCCAUCGCAUCUGCUUUCUCAGCUAGUGGUCAAUUAGGUCAAUUACAUUCGGGAGCUUCAUUCGGCAGCCCAUCAUCGUCGUAUGGGGCCAGCAAUCACCAGGCAGCUUCAGCCGCUAGCCCCCAAUACUACGUUUCUUCAUCUAAACACGCUCCUGGAGGCGGAUUUGGCUCUGGCAGUGUAUCUUACAAAAGCCCAGUUUCAGGUCACAGCUCUCUUAAUUCAUAUUCUCUAGGGCCUAAAUAUAGUUUCGGAGGACAUAGCAGUUCACGUUACUCUUCUCCAAAAGAUUCCCAUGGAGCUUACAGUGAGACAUCAUACAAUACAAUUAAGUAUAGCGAAGAAUUGAAACCACGUGUUCAUUGAGAGCUGCGCGCGAUUGGGUCGAGACUUAAUAAAUGAGUGCUGUAAAUUUAUGCUUGUUCUUGUAUGUGAUAUGAUGACCGAAUGUGGUCAGCGAGAGAGAUUGUGUUAUUAGUUAUAUUUAUUUGCGUACGUUCCGCUAAUCUUGCAGCAUCGGAAAUAUUUCAUAAGUUGAUAGUUUAUAGUGCGCAAAUCGCGUUGAGUUUCAGAAUUGCAAGUACCUAUGUAUCCAUAAAGUGAAAUGUUUGCUUGAUAUACAAUAUUUUAUCAUCAUGAAUGAGUAUGACUUGAAUUUCUGUAAAUAUAAUGCGCUAAGAUAGAUAAUUUAUUACUAUUAGACAUAUUAUUUGUUGAUUUGUUAAUAAAAAGAUAUCACCAUG